ACAUCGGAGACGUUAUAUUCUUGAUGAGUGACCUCAAAGUCAGUCGACAACGAUGAGACGUCAUUCUUAAAUUUGAUGCCUGUUGCACGCACAUCCACAACAAACCAUGUCAGCAACUAUUGGUCUCAAGACGUUUUCGACUGCAGGUUCCGUCGAUCUCCUCGCAUCGGUUGGCAAUACCCCAUUGCUGGAGCUCACCACGCUCUCUCGUUUAACGGGCUGCAAGCUACUGGCCAAGGCAGAGUACUCUAAUCCAAGCGGGAGCAUCAAGGAUCGAGUGGCCAAGUCGCUAAUUCUCGACGCUGAAGAACGCGGAUUGAUCAAACCAGGAGGCACGAUCAUUGAAGCUACGGGAGGCAGCACGGGUAUCUCGCUCGCUCUUCUUGGAGCUUCUCGUGGUUAUAAGACGCUGUUGACGAUGCCGGAUAUCACGGCGAAGGAGAAGAUCCAGAUGAUGAAAACCAUGGGAGCUGAGGUUCGCGUGCUGCCGACGGCCUCAAUGGAUGACAAGCAGAACAACUUCUUCCAUGUCGCUCAGCGGCUCGCCAAGGAGAUGCCGAAUGCUUAUUGUCCCAACCAGUUCGACAAUCUUGCUAACAUGCGAGCUCACUAUGAGGGCACAGCUCCGGAAAUCUGGGAACAGGUUGGUGGACAGAUCGAUGGAUUCGUCUCGUCAGCAGGGACGUCAGGGACUAUCGCCGGAAUGUCGACGUUCUUGAAGGAGAAGAAUCCUGACGUGAAGGUGUGGGUCAUUGAUCCUGCCGAGAUCGCGAGCACUGCCAUGUUCAUCAACAAUGACCGAACUUCGGGGACAGUCGAGGAUGGCUACGAAAUGCUUCCUGUAGUUAAAGGGUCAUCCAUUGCAGAAGGUGUGGCUGCACUCGCUCGUGUCACGAGUAAUCUACGCGAAGCUAUCAUUGACAAAGGCGUCACAGGAACCAACCAGGAGAUUGUCGACAUGGCCUACUUCUUGCUGCGCCAUGACGGAAUCUUUGUUGGUCCGAGCAGUGCGUUGAAUGUGCUUGGAGCAGUCAAGUUGGCGAGAGAGCUGGGUCCGGGUCAUACCAUUGUGACGAUCCUAGCUGAUGGUGGGGUUCGCUACGGCAGCAAGUUGUAUAAUGAGAAGUGGCUCGAAGAUAAUGGUUUGGUACCUGAAGCAGAUGCUGUCAAGAAGGAAUCGGUGCCGCUGGACUUUGUGCGUGAGCUCACGUUCCCGACGACUGUGACGACUCCGUACUCGUAGUAUUUGCAAUGAGGUGGUGUUCAGCAGUCUAAUUUGAGUCUCCCUUUUGGACUUCUUGAAAGAGUUGACAACGGCACAUCGCUUCAACGUUUCAAUGCUUUCCGCUUCUUACUCGGAGUGUUGGGGGCAUCUUACAGCCUACAUGAUGCUACAGUACUCGAUGCAAAUCGUCAAGUUCGAUGACGCCGACAAUGUGUUAAUUACGAUACUUUUUGAGGCCAAUAAUGCCUCAGCGCACGCGGGGCCGGUACGAAUUACCUCAGCGCCAGCUAGUUAAUCAUAUUAGCGCCGGGCUUGAACCAC